AUGCUUUCUCUUCUUCGGUCUUGAGAGCCCUGAAUAAACCUACUUCCGUUAGAUUCCGGAUGUGGCGCCAAAUUUGAAAAAUAUUCCUGUUUCAACUUGUAUGAAUUUAAACAGACAGCGAAAAUUUAUUAAAUUGCCGUUCAAGAUAAUACUACUUUUAGAAACAUAUCUGCAAACAAAUGGACUCGUCGGCACGUUUUUUCACUAAGUUGCGAAACCUAGCCGUGAAUUUGGAGACCGAAACUGCCAGUCUUCAACAGGCACACCAGAACUACGACGAUGAAGAUCAUAGCACUGAGGGUGCGGUGCGAGUUCUGCAAGAGCUGCACUCCGAGGUCAGGGGACUCAAGGGCCAGGUGAACGAGCAGCUGGUGCGCCAGCAGGCAGGGGAGAAUGAUGUGAGGAGCUUUAUAAAGACGUGUAUGGUGCUGAAGCAGAGGACCACAGAGGACAUCCAGAGACUGAGGAGACACUAUGAAAAAUAUGGCUACAGAGCGCCUAAGAGCACACAGAAACAGUCAGAGUCGAACGGCCAGGAGGCAGAAGCUUCAGAGAAAGAGGACGAGGAUGAGACCGAGGGAGGAGAGGAGGACCAGGAGGAAGGAGAGGGAUACCUCACCUCAGUGACCCCUCUGAAGAUGCCCCCUCCGCCCUUCAUUGACCCCUUGCGCACCCCCCAGCUCUCUGACUUCGGCCUGUCGGAGAUUCACCUGAAGAGGGUGUUGGGUGGCACAGUGUUUUCCAGCGCUGAGGCCCCCAUGCCUCUCCCUCUGCCGUCUCUAGUCCUAGCCAUGCAGCCGCCCAUGCCCAAAACGCCCAAGUGCACCUUGCGUAUGGAUGAAGAUGACGACCUCUUGACCCCCCGCAUGGUCGACUUUGGCCUCACGGAACACACUGUGUGUCUCAACAAUGACUUCACCAUGGACCUGCAGCGCAAGAAGCCCACAAAACCUCUCAGCUCAGCAGUGUCCUUGGGCUUGGGAGCAAUGUCACAGAGACCGGCACAUGUCCUCUCCACCCCACCAUCAAACUCCAUGAUGUACAGCCUGGCUACCAUGGAGUCCCCCGAGCCGCCUGUGUUUUGCACCCCAGGUCUGAAGAUCACAAAGUCUCAGCGACACGCUCUGUCCCCUCCUCUGCGGGGAGAGAUUGACCCAGAGUCCCCCUGUUGCCUUGGCAACCACCAAGCCACCCCUGAGGUCCCAGCAUUUGAGACACCAUACAUCAACAGACUCCUUAGCACCAGAAAGGGUGAGAGAAACACACAGGCAGAUGAAGACCAAGAUCACUCAGAACUUCCAACCUCCAAUAGAGGCUCCAAACAAGCCUGGUCAUAUAAUGUGUCAGAGAUAUCAAUCAUUGGAUGUACAGAGGAAAAACUUACACCAGAGAUGCCAAGCCUAGAGUCCUUUCUGAGCAGCUCUCUACCCUAUAGGGGUGGUGGUGGAACCAGUGGAGAGCAGACUAUGGGGUCAGGAGAGCCCCCUCUCUCUGUCCUGGAUCAGGAUGGUCCCACCCAGACAUUCAACCUGGGGACCCCACGGGUCAGAGGGGACUACCCCGAGCCAUCCACUCCUGAGAUGCCGGACCUAAGCUCUGUCACACAGGACAUCUUUAAGCUCAUUUCCCAGAGCAAGAAGCUCCCCACAGCAGUAGUUCAGCCACACCUCAAGCCUUCAACCUUCCACACUGCAACAGGGAAAGAGAACAGGACUCAGAGUCUGGCUGUGGUGUCAGAGAGGGAGUUCCUGAGUCUUCCAAGCUACCUGAGACAGAUUCCUCUGUCCAGCCUCAACCAGGCCAUUCAGAAGAUCAACGGUGCCAAAGAGGAGCGAGGCCACAGUGGUGAUGCGGGCCAUGCAUGGUUUCUGAUGGAGGAGCUGAAGAGGAUCACGGGGGUGGGCACCAAGGCCCCCAUGUACUUCCUGUGUCUGACUGAGUUAAAGAGGCUGGAGCAUGUGCAGGGAGUAGGAACCAGCGCCAUGUACAAGGUCCUGUCAAAGACACGUACCUGAUCUGAAGUACAAUGACAUUCCCUACCUUCUUAAACCUCCCAAAGGGCUCAACACUACUGAGUGAGGUCCUAUGUAUUGACUCCCCUUAAUAGGCCUGGAUGCCAGUCUGUUUAGCUAUCAUUCACUCCUUGCCACUCCUGUCAUGCUAAACAUUGGCAUAUGACAGAGUACAAGGAGUGAAAUGUUAGCGAAACAGACUGGUACUCAGGCUAGAAUAGGCCCAAAAUGGAUUCAUUAUUUUAUUUUCAUCUUUGAGAACUGUACAUAUGUUUUGUCUUGGUCUUUUUAAUUGUGUAGGUCUUUCUGCUCACACGGCAUGAAUACUCAGUCCAUUUAGCAUUUUCGUAGUUUUCUAUGUGUAUAAUUGGUCUGUAUGUAAUCUCACUAAUAAAUACAUAAUUAUGAACAUGA